AGUGAGCUCAUGUGUUUUUAUACCGACAGAUGUUUAUGUUAAAAACAAUAUUGUUGAAUAAAACCAGUACAUCAUGUCAUCGCAUUCUACAGCCAGUUUGUCUCACUAUUUGUCUUUCUGCUGGGAAACGAUGGACUGCUGAAGAUUGUAUUGCUCCACCAACUUUCGAUGAUGUGGAGGUCGACUCGAAGAGAAGGGGUCUUCCUGUCUUACCUAAGGUUCCUGAUAUCAACAUUGUUCCUCAACCAAAACACAAUAUGAGAGAGACAAGAAUUAUUCGCGGACCAUGCCUUGGCGAAGAAGCGGAGCUUAAACACAAACAAUAUGGCAUAAUAGCACUGAAGGGUGGAUUUCUGAAGCAUGGACAUUUUGAAAUGAUGCGAUUAACACUCGGUCGAGGCAUUCGCAAAAAGCCAAUGUUUGCUGAAUAUAGAGUUCCUGGAGUUCACAAACCAAUAACUAGACAUCCAACAAACGCUGUUAUGGGUGGCGGAAAAGGCAAAAUUGAUCAUUAUGUAACACCGGUUAAAGCAAGGCAAGUCAUAGUGGAAAUUGCUGGCAAGGGUACAUUUGAAGAAGUUUACAGAUGCAUGAGGAUAACUGCGGAAAAAUUACCAUUCCCAGCUAUUGCUGUCAAUUAUGAACAGUUGAAUGGAAUGUAUGAAGAGGAAGUUCGAUUAGAAGAAGAAAAUGAAAAUUUUAUCACUUUUCGUGAAAUUGUAGAAAAGAAUAUGCAAGGAAUGCGGAGUUAUUUAACUAAAUAUGAUCUGAAGCAGUUUGGGAAAUAUAAAUGAUGUUUUUGGUUUGUUCUAUUCCCAGAAACCUCAUUUCAAUGCAGGGGGAUUUCAGCCAACAAAAUAUAAUGGGUUGUCGAUGGAGCCCAGAAUAGAUUCAAGAAUGUCAAAGACAGAUGAUUUUCACAGCGUUGCAUCUUCAAUAUUAGAUGGCCCACAGAUGUGUCAUUUAUUGAAUUUUUGAGAUAUCGUUUGUUUGUAAGCACAAAAAUACCAAUACAAUAAUUUUACUGCGAA